AUGGAAUCUUCUAAACAACAUACUUCCACUACAAGUUUUUCUUUUCCGCAGCCUGGAAACAUAUAUUUGCAGUCAUGGAUAUUCUAUCAAAGAGCCUUUGAAUAUCAAUAUUCUUUUCAGGUGAAACACCACUCAUCUAAAGUGAAUAACUGUCUCAAUGGAACCUUUAUUAAGAAGUUGAGUGAUGGAGAGAUUUCUAGGCAGGCAAGUGAUAGUCAUGCUGCACCAAGUGUUGUGGCCCGAUUGAUGGGAAUGGACUCAAUGCCAGAACCAAGUCCAAAAGUUCUCAAGGAUGAACAUGAAAUCUACAGCUCAAGAAAAUCUAUGGACACAAGUAGCCUCAAUCUGAUUAAUUCAGUUAAAGAAACUUCACAUAGCUCUACGUCCUCUAGAGAAUUAAAACGAAGCUUAGUUCUGAAUGGUAGUGCACCAGAUUCAAAAGCUGAAAAUAUAAGAAAACCAUGUCCACGCAAACAUCCACAGGAGGAGCUGCUGCAGAAGUUCAAGAAGGAAUUUGAGUCAUGGCAAGCAUCCAAGUCGUGGGAACACUCGGGGUCACAAAAGAAUCAGGUUUUGAGAGAUAUCAAGGAUUAUCAAACUGUUGCACAGGAAAUUUUGAACAAAGAAAAAUUGACUAAAUAUCUUACUGCAAAGGAAAACUUUGCUGAAGAGAAACCUACAGAGUUUGUAGAUGUUGGUUCAUCAGCCGAACAAACUGUAGCUAGACGAGAAGUGACCAACUUACACACACACUUGGACGGACAGUCCCAAACUUUCUCAAACACCUUCAUGCAUACAACACUUGAUACCAAAAUGAACUAUUUUGAACACUUUCCAGGCAUUAAGAUUGAUAGUAAGACGGAGAGACCUAGUUCACCUACACGAAUAGUGAUCCUGAAACCUACUUUUUACAAGAUGGAUGGCACUGUGGGAGAAUUAUCUGCAUCAUCCAAUCAGUUAGGGAAGGAAUGUAGCAUGAAGGAUUUUCUUGAGGAGGUGAAGGAAAGGCUCAAAAAUGAUAUUCAAGGAAGGAGCAGAAACAAUGUUGAAUUUAGAGGAACUGAUGUGAGGUCUUCAUUUGGUGAAAGGUCAGUUGACACAAAGCAAAUUGCUCGUGACAUAGCGAAACGAAUAAGAGAAAGUGUGAGUAGAGACAUGGGAGCUACUCUAAUGCGAUCAGACUCAACUAGAUCAUUUAGGGGUGACACACAAAUCAAUGCACUCGAUUCGCCUGAGUUCAUUAGAAGAGAGAUGAGGAAAUUCCUAGCAGAGAAACCAAAGAACGCACUGAAAAAUGAGUUCUUUUUUGAGAGUCCUCUAGUUAAACAUGGACGACAGUCAGGUGCUUCCUUCACGACAGGGAAAGCAACACGAAAGGUGAUAUCUGACUUUUCAAAUAAAGGUAAAAAAUCAGAUUACUGGAAAAACAAGAAAGCUGCACAUGAAUCAGUUCCAAGAAAUACUCAACAGUUUCUGGCUGUUGACUCAGAAUCACAGCGAAACCUAACCAGAUCAUUCUCUGCACCAGUGUCCGGAACAGCUUUUGGGAAGCUCCUCUUAGAGGACCAGCACAUUUCUGGGGCUCGAAUCUGUAGAAAACAUGAAUCAUCUGUUAAUAAUUUAUCAGAAGCAAGAAGACAGAGGAAAGAUAGUUUCAACAUAAAGGAAACACUAUCCAGUUUAAAACAUAAUUUAAAUCUUAGAGGAAAACGCUACUGA